CCAUCCACAAUCCAUCUCAUGCGUCCCUUCUCCCCACAAUACGUGAGAUCCAUCAACCAAAGCAUCCAAACAACAACCCGCUCCCAACUCUCCAAACGCCUCUCCGCAAGAAUGUCGACCAACCACGGCGAGCUCAACAUCGAAAACACCAACAUCUCCACCUAUCCGGACGUCAAGCUCUCCGACCAGCAAAAGACGCUCGUAGGCAGCGUCCUCGACCUCUUCGCCGGCCGCCCGUCGCUCGCCAAACUGCAACUCUGGAAAGACGACGCCACCUUCUCCGACCCGCUGACCAUCGCCAAAGGCCGCGACCAGUACCAGGCGCAAUGGUACGGCUUGCAAACCGCCUUUUCGGAAAUCGAGCGCAUCAGCCAUCAAGUCACCAGCAGUGGGAAUCCGAUUGAGAUGGACAUGACGCAGCGGUAUAAGGUCAAGGGCAUUGGGUCGGAGCAGACGAUUAGCAGUAAGGUGUUCAUUCAUCAUGAUGGCGACAAGAUUACCAAGGUGGAGGAUAAGUGGAACGGCAAGUUGCCUGAGGGCGGGAUUGCGCAGGCUUUCCGUCGCUUGAAUGCCGUGACGGUGCCGCAUAUCGUCGGCGUGCCGAAAGACGCUGAAGAGGAUGCGAAGAAGGGGAACUGAAGCCUUGCGUUUGUACAGAAAGGUCUAUGAUCUCCUCUUCAAAACCAAUACAGAAGGUUACGACAGUGUUAUGAAUCAAUGCCACAGUAUGCACGACUCA